AUGUACGGCCAACAUCACAGGACUUCAGCUUCAGUGACCUCUGUUUCCCGUAUCACCACCACCACCACCACCACCACCACCACCACCACCACCACCACCACCACCACCACCAUCACCACCACCACCACCAGCACCACCUUGCCACUUUUAUUGCCCGAUCCGAGAAUUCAUGAAACCUGCCUUCAGGAUGGUGGAAAAAGUGGUAGGUGGAGCUACAGUGAGUGACUGAUCUCAUGAAAUGUUGGCUGAAAUUCUGAAAUACGUUUUCGAUUAGGAAGGAUUACCUAGGUGGAGUUGCAAUAUUGAUUAUCUUGCGGCCCAAUCCUAUGAUAUUUCGGACUUACAGGGAUGUCAGCUUUUGAAUGUACUUCUUUUCAACCGCCUGUGGAAACCGUACUCGACGAAAAAUGACUACUUAAGUAGCAUGCAUUUUCGCACUGAUUUUAGAUGGUUUUAUAAAUUCACAUAUAUUUUAUAGAAGCCACGAACAAAAAUAUGCUUUCUUCCGGUCGUCUGAUAGAGAAUCAAGUCAUCUUUAUAUUUCUUACUCAAAGAAGGAAUAUAAUUAGGUUUUAAAAAUGUUUCUAAUUAUGAGAUUUUUUGAGACCGUGCAGUGUCCAUUCAUUCAGCAUCGUAUUUGUCAGCUUACCACUGCUUCUCAUGAAAUGCACAACAUAAUCCGCAUCCGUUGCAAAAUUUCGUGAACUCUACAUUAUAUCCUCUUAAAGGCAUAGAAGGAUAUUUGAUUUUCCUUGCGCCAAACGCAUUCACCUUGUAGACUGAAAUAACUAAGCGCUAAUGAAAGGGCUGAUCAGGCCCCGAAUUAUUCGGGAAUUAGAAAAUAUUUUUAAAACCUAAUUAUACUCCUUCUUCGAGCAUGAACUAUGAAGAUGACGUGAUUCGCUAUAAAAUCAGUAGAAGAAAGCAUGUUUUUGUGUGUGGUUUCUAUAACAUAUGUUUAAAUUCUCAAGACCAUCGAAAAUCAAUGUACAGAAUGCACGCUACUUAAGUAGUCAUUUUUCGCUGAGUACGGUUUCUACGGGAGAUCGAAAUGAGAGGCAUUCAAAAGCCGUAAUCCUGCCGAGUUCAAAAUAAUACAGGAUUUUGUCGCGAGAUAAUCAAUAUUGCAACCCCACCUAGGUAAUCCUUCCUAAUCGAAAACCUAUUUCAGAAUUUCAGCCAACAUUUCACCGUAAUUACUCGUAAAGGCAACUAAGUCUGCAAGGUAUAACCUGGACAGAGCUAAGUUAUGAAGUCAUCCCACCUGCCGUAUCUUUCAAUCGCUCGAAUCUUCUGCUUCAGGCAUUUGGGAACCACGGCUGACAGCCUCGAUCCUCCCAUCGUUCGUGGGGUCUCUAUACUUCAACCUCCAGCAUACGAAUAAACCCCCCAGCUAUUGCAUAUAAUGACUGACUGUUGUAAAUAAUCAAACAAUCUACAGACAGAUGCCUGAUUUCCGCAGGUAUUUCCAUUUCCAGAACAUGGGCUUCCAUGCCUGCAAGUAUUCGUCAGACAUAGAGCUGACAGUAGUUUCUGUGGAUGCCUCGAUGCGCUUCUGAGACUUCCAACUCCCUAAACGAUUUCCUGCCAUGUUACUAGAUAUUGGUAUGACAAGAUCUUAGAGACGGAUGAAUUGACUUCGCGUCAGGCGUAUGCGUGAUGAGGGUGAAUGACCCAGAGUCUUUCGAGUCUCCCGAAACAAAGGAGGUGGGCAACGCUAUUAUCACAGUGGGUCAAAUGCUCGUACGUACGGAUGGAGGCACGAAUGCUAGCAGUUGGCUGACACAGGUGCGUCAUGUUCGGUUGUCAUAUUCGCCGCAGUUAAACGUAUUCGAAAGAGAUGGGACAAGUGCGAGACCAACACUGCUCACACUUAAGCAGAGUUGAGCAGACUGGUAAAAAGCCUACAAUGUUGUUUAUGAGCUUACACUGCAACUUCCUUAACAAUUGGGUGACCAAAGGUUUGUAGCUGGAGAUAGGGCCACAAAAAGACACUCACAAGCGCAUUAGCUACGAUCUUAGAAUACCUUUCUUUGGUGAAUUGUCCAUUUUUCGCCUCUCCCCUUAUAACAGUACAUUUUGGGCAGCUUACUUCUCCCUCCCGGAAGCAUGCCUGUUAUGAAAGCCCACCAUCAUGGCCUAAUUUUCGAAAAUAAAUGAAUUCCCAGAGAACUGGACAUUCAAAACAAAGGGAAGCCUGCUUUCACGGAGGCAUCUCCAAAAGUACACAAGAAAGAGUCAGGGAUAAGUAACCCGGUGUACUGCGUUCAAUCUGUUUUCUGACAAAUACCGCCGUCAGUUUAGCGCAUGCAUCGAAGGCGCGGUCGUCCCCUGUAGCGGGUGCCCUUGUCUAAGUCUUGACUGGCCACUUUCGUCUGCCGACAAUCCCCUAGUCUCCUCUUGGCACACUCGCUCGAGGCUGAAUCCAGACGUCUACCAAGCAAAGCAGUGUUUGCUGUUCUACCGAUGACAGGGUUUUGUCCUUACGAGGAAGUAUAUGCUCUUCUAAAUGUAGCUGAUUCCCUCAGAGAUUAUCAUAGUCCAAGCAGCAAAAGACAAAAACGCCGUCAUUUUAUUAAAAUAAUCGACCUGGCACUACUAGCCCGAGAGGAUAGGCCCAUAUUGGACAUUUAAAGCCCUCCUUAAUGGUCUAACCGGUUGUUCUACUCGUAUUUCGGCAGUCAACUAAAGCAAACAGGGCGUGAACCCAUGGCUCAUCGGUAAUAAUUUGGCUUCACUGUUCAAACCCCGAGCACUCGGGUUUCAUUUCCAGAUCAGUCUGAAUUCAACAGUCAAUCAACAUCCUAUACCUUUUAUGCCGUAAUUUGCAUGCAUUGAAAACAAGACGACGGCAAUUUCUUCACCGACACACUCUCCCCGUUCCCCAAAAUCCGUUGCUUCCUCUCCCCCUGCCAUCUCGCACGAAUUCGUUAAAGACGCGUCAGUUUGUUUAUUUCGUUUCCUAACAAAGUGUCCUUUUUGAAGAGACGAGCGAAGAAGUCUAGAAAGUUGUCUCGAUUGGUAAGCAGGUGGGAAAAGUAUUUUUUGUGGACAUGUCGCCGACACGCUUACCCUACCCGACUUCCAUCGCUACUGUGCCGCCUUCGCCAGGUGAGCCCUCCCCCUCCCCUGUUGUCAUCUUGUAAGCAUCUUCGGUGGACCGGAACGCAUACAGCCGUGUCCAGAACGUCACUAAGAUGGUGUGGUACAUGCGCGCGUUAUACAAACAAACCGGACGACGUCACAGUUUUUGGAAGGACAUUUUACUGGUCUUAGCGCGCAGAGGGGCACGUGACAGAUGUGUUUAUACCAGGGACUGCGGAGCAAGGUUUGGACUGUGGUGGCGCGCAUCACUUACCAACACCGUAAUGAAGAGAGUGGUUGUGUGACCUUGUCCCUACUUUUGCGAUGUACCGCAAACAAAACCCUUCUGCAACGACUAGACCGUCGAACUACAUGGACAUGAUGGACCAGAAAUUGGCGCCAACCGACAGUAUCCAGCCUGGUUAUAUUUGAUUGUUUAGAAUCCUUUGAGAGGUUUUAACAAAGUCUUACACAGGCAAAUAUGCAGCGUUGUGCUUUGUCCACUUGGAUAAAAUGAUAGGUUACUUUUACACGAGUCGCCAUAUCGGAGAAACUUUGGUUACCACAGAUAGUAAGGAGGAGAUGGUAGGUGCACAUUUAGGGGAGAGGUGUAAAUUACGAUGGACUCUGGAAGAUCAAGUUGUCCCGAGUGAUUCGCGCACAUGGUGCGUCAGCUUCGCGACGGAAUGGUGGUGCGUGUCAAGUACAACGGGAAGGUCUCAGAAGCCUUCACAGAGACUAAUGGACUGGAGCAGGACUGCAUACUCACUCCUACCUUCUGCACCCCAUUUCCCCUGCCAUGUUGGUGGACGCCUACUGUGGUGACCAGCCCCGGGAUCAUCAUCGUCUACAGGACCGGCGACCGGUGACUGCGAACCGCUACGCGCACUCUGCCGUCUACGAAAUCCUCUUCGAGUACGCCUGUGCGGUCAUGCAAAGAAGCAUGGGCCCCUUUGCCUUCGGCUGUCCAAACUUCGGACUGAUCAUCAUCAGCACGGACAAAACGGUGGUCAUGCACUAAUCAGCACCAAAGGAGGAACACGCCACGCUCAGCAUCAGUGUGCGUGGAACACGGCUCUUAUCCAUGUACAAGUCCACCUGCGAAGGCAGUAUCAUUUCGAACAACACCAAGAUAGUCUGCGAAGUGGUCCACCGGACCUCCAAAGCCAGCCAGGCAUUCGGUCAGCCGCAGGCCUCCGUCUGGAGCCGCCACGGACUUCGACUCAACACGAAGCUCAAAAUGGGCAGGACGGUAGAUGUAACAAGGCUACUAUACGGGCUGUAGACAUGAACCGUCUACCAAUAGAAGUGAAGAGACGAGUCGCAGGGAGUAGUCUUGAAGAAGGAGACACGAUUGCUGGGACAAGAGCUUUAUUAGCAUGCCCUUUCGGAUUCCUGAUCGAAUCCAUCAUCAGAGGCAACAGCAGAUACGGGUGAUUCACGCACAAGGGGCUGCAGUAUUUAUAGGAUGCAGUCGCCAUGCUACCGCAUACCUAUGAAUAUUCACGCCUCCCUCCCCUUCAUCAGGGAUCGUUGCACGUGGCGUGAUGGCCGACAUUCGCGUCGUUAAUUGCUGCAUUUUCAUCACGUGUGUUGGAUGUUGGUGUGACGAUUGCUCGACCAUCUGACGCGCUGACCCGGGUGUUGAGAAGAGUGUUCACCUGUGCGCUCCCCGCGUGGCCAAUUACCCUGCCUAGACGAAGUCUCAGCACCGAGUAUGGAAUGGGAAGUUCAUUGCACUUGUUAAUUGACUGGGGGCCAGUGAACCAUGAUUUAAGUAACUCCUGGCUCACGCGGUUGUCACCUCUUGCCAAUCAAACCAUGAAACCCAACCACUUCCGCCGCAGAUGUCCCCGGUGAAUACUAAAGCUGAGAUAACAGGACAGGAUCCCGUACACGGGAGUUUUGGAACGAACCGGCAUCCACUGCAUGUUGAUGCAACUGAAAAUGCGAUGGAGUGGCCACCUCAUGAGGAUGGACGACGAGCACCACCCAAGUGACUCUUUAACGACGAUGUCGCUACGGGUGUUCGCCGGCAAGAGGAGUAAUAGUGACGCUACGAGGACAGCCUAGGGAUCUCCCUUAAGGAUCUACAAACAAAUCCAGAGGCCUGAGAGGACCUUGCCAGGGGAAGAACAGUGAAAGGUCUAAGAGAAAUUUACGAAGCCAUCCAGAUCGUCGCUGCCAAAACCAAAAGAGUGGCUCGGAAGUCUCAAGCGUCUCCGACCCACAACACUAACACCUCACCCCUUCUAGCAUACCCACACUUCCAACGAACAUUCUGCGCACGGGUCGGUCUCGUCGGACAUUUCGCACCCAAUGCGACAACAACCCGACAACUCCGCCUGCUGCCUUCAUAAACGCCUCCGCCCCCCCUCCCCCCCGACGGUGACCAUCGCCGCCGCCGUCGCCACCACCGUCGCCACCAUCACCAUCUCCACCACUAAUGUAGCCUCGAUCGCACUUUCGCACCACGCAUCGGCCUGAUGCGAGUCCACACCAUAGAAACUGGUGCAUAAGCGCCAGGAGCCUCGACAUGCACAAGCCGCAUCCGCAUCCACUGUCCGCACCUCCCACAAACAGUCACCUCAUGAACCUAGUCGGGCACAUGCGUAUCCAUGACAGCGGAAUUUCCCGCCGAAACCACCUUACACAUGCGAAGACUCUCCCAUCUCCGGCACUACCAGCUUCCUAUCCGCCAACCUGGCCACCACGAGCACCAUCAACGCAAAAGCGUACUCACCAGCCCCAAACAUACCUCGUCCCCAUUGCUACCGCAAAUGCAUACCACGCAUCGGUCUGGUCGGUCAUUUGCGAAUCCAUCGCAAUGAGACUCGCGGACCAGUGUCUGGGCCACCACGAUACACCCACCACACUGUCCAUGCACAUUCAGUCACCGUAUAGGCUUACAUGGUCACAGGUGCAUCUAUGAAAGCCUGCGGUAAAACACCGUCGGUCAAACUUAAUCAUCACAUAUCUCCUCACCAACACAUACAUCAUGCAUGAACCCGCCCAUCAGUACCCACCACAAGCACAGAAUUGGCAUCUCUUUUACAAGUGCGAGUCGUGCUCUUUGGCUCCUUCUUCAUGUGGUCCUUUUACUACCCUGACGCAUGUGAGAUAGAAUAGUCAUCCACUUUGUGAAAUCCUGGUGCGCUGUAUGGGGGUCAGGUCGUGCGUUUGGCGCGUGCAGUCGGGGUCUCUAACUCUGUCAGCCACUGCGCCCAGUCUCAGUAUCUGCUGAUUGAUCGGUUAGAACUGUGGACUGGUGUGUGGGGGAGGGAAGGGCCAAUUUGGUCGGCACAACCAACGCAUAUUCCUCACUACAAACAAUCUGAAGGGCUUGGAACUGUGACGGUGCGCUAAAGACUGUGGCUUAUAAGGUUACCGACUUGGGGGAUAACUCGACCCUCCUAGCAGGACGGAGAGUCAGGCUGCAAUGGCUCCUUCUUAAUGUAGCCUUCAUGCCACUCCUAUUCAGCUGGGAUCUGAGUCGCCCCCCUUUGCUGUAUGUGAAAUCUUGGUUCUUUGUACGCCAAUCAAGGGUGUGGUAGUACGCCUAGGUGAAUACUAAAGCUGAGAUAACAGGACAGGAUCCCGACACACCGUCCACACCGUGCCAGCUACCUGUGUCCGGAUCGCGCCUCCGGUCUUCUUAACUCCGUCUUGGCAUCUAGCCCAGAUAGGUAAGGGAGGAGAGAGUGCGGUAGGUGCAGUUCCAGUCCAGUGUCACUAUGAACUAACUCACGUUCAGGCCAUAGUCCCUGCGCUCACCCUGCUGUGGGGCACACGGUGGGCAAACGAUUGUCGACUGUCAUGGGAUAAUUCGCCAAAAGCAAUAGCCGCCUUUGAACUAACGUGUGCUUCUGCCGUCCUGAUUGUUUCUUGUCUUGCCGACUAUUCUACUUUCAGGUACCAGAUAGUUUACCGCAGAAAAAUUAAAGUUUCCCGUUUUCUCAAUAACUCUGGUAUACGUCAGGGUGCCAUCAUACCUUCAGCCCUUCUUUCUGUACCCUCACGCCUUAUGUUACCCAGUAACUGUCUCGGUGCCCUCCGUGAACGAUAAUCUUGAUGGGCGAGGUCCAAGAGAGUACCUAGACUACGUCUUAGCUCUACCCUCAAAACUACCGGCCUGCUGAAUGACCGAUAAGUUUUCUGGUCACCGCACUGUCGGAAUCCUGAUGGGAUUGCAACUUUCCAGCGUUUGGCGUUAUUGUGCAUGUUAUUUGUUCUGGUUCCUUCACAUCGGACCCCAUUUUUAAUGAAAUUUAGUGACUAAUUUGCUAUUGUCGCCAUUCAUGCGCAUUUUACAGACCAUCUGGCACUUCCCAUUAUCCCCUUCUGCCCUUCUGUAAUAUUUUUGCUUGUAAAAAGGUGCCUGUAAAGCUAAAAAAGUUCUGCUUCUACUGCCUACCUUCUUUUCCUACCCUAGUCGUUGCGAUUAGUCGACUACAUUUUCAGAGGUCAGGCGGUUGGUUGAUUGCUUCCUUCAGGACACGACACACCAGCUUCAUUCUGGCCAAAUGGUGGGAAAGUUUCCUUGUCCGCGCCCGCACGAUCUUUUCCGCACUCCUUGCCGAACUUCCGUUUAUAAAAAUUAAUCAUUUAUCUUCCCCACUCACUGCCCCGAGCGUUGGAAUAUAUGCAGCAACGCAAAACUUCACUAAUAACUUCCAAUUUAUAGUUUGUUUUUGUUUAUCCAAAUUUCGAUAAGAUGUGGUUUGGUAGCCCCGCCUGAUGGACACAAUACUGUUGGUUUGGGGUUAAGGGUUAUGGUUAGGGGUCAGGGUUAAAGGUUAGGGUUUAGAAUAAGAAGUUAUAGUUAGGGGGUGGGGUUAGGGUUAGGGGUUAACGCAACUAUUUCUCAACCAUUAAAAGUACAACCACGCACUCCCAAUAGCUUUUCCUUUGCAUAUAACUACUUGACCUCAUCGCCUGUUCGUUCCCCGACUCCAACUGUAAAAACCCUUAUUAACACCUGUCCCGUAUUAGAGGUGACUGGGGUUUGUUUAUUUCAGGUGAGGCUGCCAAACCACUUCCGUCCCUAACUUCGGCCUAAAGUUUGCAUUGUUGUACUUUGCAGCGAUGUCUGGCGAACUAUGUUCACCGAAUAAUAAAAACGCUUUCGCUGCCCCUCUCAUAGACGUAAUUUUUUGGAAGCAAAGUACUUCGUAGACGGCACGCGUUUGAAUGACACAAAGGCUUUAAGGAGUGAGGGGUGUGCUACGCCCGCGACGACCCCCCGGUCGUCGCUCAACUUUGUCAGUAGAGAACAAAACUCAAUCAGUAAUAUGGGGCAGGGACAACGUGAGAUAUUUAUAACUGUAACUUUUUAGCGGAUUGACAAGUCUUGUUGGAAAGCCUGGUUUUUACUGCGCCAACUUUCGAAGAAAAUCCAAUCUCGAGAGAAGGUCCUUUAUAUUAUCGUCGUUAAAACGUGCCCAUAUCCGGAUAAAGCACUCAUACUAUUUCAACACAGCCAGCAGACUAAAAUGUUAAUCUCUGUCUAGUGAUUAUCCUUCUCAGCGAAAACAUACAUAGAAGAAGCUAUGCAGUGAUUAUGACAGAAUGAGUGGUCAUCACAUCAAGAAAUACAACCUUGACGAGAUUCUGUGGACCAGCCAGGACACGCAAGUUCAGUGCUUCUCUCUCACUCAGCACACUUUUACGGAAAAUCCACACUCAGCAUGGCUAAAUGGCUUUUCUGACGUCUGGACUCCCUCACACUGAGCUGUGAUACAACAGUAGGAUCAGCCGUACGCCUCCUACAAAGAAGUCAAGAAAAUACGAUUCGGCACAAAUUAAGACCCGGUACCAUCUGCGUUGACCUUGCUCUCCACCUCGAUCUCACAGAGUCUGACAACUAAAAGUACCUGCGACCCACCUACUAGGCGUACAGGAUGCCAGGAAAUAUAAACCUAUCCAACUGCCCAGAUUCUACCUCAAGACGCAUUUCAACUUUGGAGGGACGGUGUAUGAGCGAAUCAAGAUAUCUUCGAUGGCAUCGUCCUUGUUUGGUUUGAUCCGAAAAUUUUGAAGCACUAAAUCCCAGAACUCACAGACUAUUUUGACGGAUUUCUGGGACCACACCUUCGUUGUCCCCAAGCCUGAACGAUAUCCGACAUUCAUAAGACUCCGAAUUUCAGUUUCCCUGACAUCCGGUUCAUAAUGAAAGCGGAGUGAAACGAUCAGGUACCGUUCCUUGCGGCCUGAAUGCCGACAGGAACCUCGAGACGACAGUGUACAGGAAGGCCACCAAAAUGCGUCAGGCUUUAAGUUACUGUUGUAAUCACACAUUAUGGCAAGACGUAGUUGUAUUCUAACCCUCUACACGAGGGCAGACAUGCACUACAAUGGGGCGGAGACAAAAUGAUCGGACACCAGUACCUCCAAUGAAUGUUCGGUGCCGAUUAUCAACCCACAACUUUAUAGAAUACGACAGACAACCCAAGCCAGCUAUAAGGCCAACAGCGGAACACUCAAAAGUGUGGGAGCAUAUCAGGAACAGGUAUUCCUAUCAUAAAGCCACUGAGUACCUGCGUAGUCCAGAGACGAGAACCAACAAUAGGACCUCUGCUCACGAGAUUUAGGGUCCGCUAUUAGGAUGCGGAACGGUGAACAUAGUUUUUCGUGUCUAGUUUAGUUUCUGUGAAGUGAGUUACGUCUUAGAGGCCGGUAUGCAACUGCAGAUCCGCAUUAGCGAACAUCCACAGGGAACGAGAAGAAUGAACCAUAUUUUGCUCGUGAAGGGACACUAUGGAACUUCUGAACAUUAUUUUGCGUCCUGGAAGCCGAAAACGUGAGCCUAGGGAACAGUCAGACAACUAGAGAGAUAUUUAAGGUUCGACACAUUAGCGCAGCUUAAAUAUUCCUCUGCGUGGCCCGAUCUAUUACCAGAUGUUCCAAGUUCCCGAAAUUAAAGUUCAGUUUUUCCCCUUUGUUGGUGUGCUUCUAACUGUUUGAAAGGACCUGCUAUUCUAACUUGCAAUAGGCUCCCAGUAUGGCUAUCCAAGUAAAUAAUGUGUCAGAAAGCCAGGAACCUACGUUUUUUGAAGCACUUUACUCAACAUUGUGAUGUGUUUCUUCAUUACUGACUUACGAACUGCAUAUAUAAAUUUGACAAUUGAACUGAAGUCUUCACUACUUGAACAAACAGAGUCGGUAGGCAUUUUGAGCUCGCAACUGGCAAACAUUGGCCUUUAUUAUACCAGAGGACAGAAAGCGAACACCAAUUGUUUGGCGGCAGUCCUGUUGGUAGCAGCAAAUUCGGUGGUCGGUGUAACAGCAUAUUAUUAUUAUUUUUAUUAGUAGCAGUGGUUGUAAUGGUGGUGGUAGUAGUAGCAAUGUUGAUAGUAGUAAUAGUAGUAGCAGCAGUAGUUGUAUUAGUAGUGGUGAUAGUCGUAGUAGUGGUAGUAGUAGUAGUAGUAGUGGUAGUAGUAGUAGUAUUAGUAGUAGUAGUAGUUGCAUUGUAGCAGCCGUGAUAGUCGUCCCCGUGGUCGUGUUCGCCGUUGUCCAUGUAUUUAUUAUCACCACUGAUGCAGAAAUCGAUGCGGAACCGACUUGUAUUGUACCUAUUUAUACAUACGGCGCUUAAUUUUUUCCACUAAUGCACUUAUGGAAACCUCUAUGGCAGAUGUUAGAGGACGAUGUUCGUUUGUUGUCACAGUGUGUCUGCCACCUCACUACUUGCAGGCCCAGAUUACGACCGCCUAAAUUACUGAGACCUGCUUUUCACCCAUACCACCACUUGGUUAGCAUACUGGGGCAGAUUUGCAGCCCAAAGAUGUGCAGUCUCAGUAGCAUCAUUGUUGCGACUGUGAGUGCAAACCAGCCUGCUAUCACGCGUUUUUUCUCAGACAAAUUUAUGCGCGUACACGUUUUGCAGUGGACUGAGGUCAUUGACGUGGCAUGUGGCGAAUGCAUCAACUCCUCUUCACAACCAGGCACACAUGCGUGCGUCUGAAGACUCUCUCCGAGAGGACUGGAUCUGCUGAUGCACCUGUCAAUUCUCGUGGAAGGUAUCUGUGUAGGUGAUGGCGGGGUGACAGCGCGGUGACCUUAGGACCCAUCCCGCGGGUGGGGCCUCUUUUUACUUCUGUCUUUUUUCUGUUCUUGUUACCCUCCUUUUAACCUUUUUUAAAAUUCUUUUUCCGCUCCCAACCUGAUACGGAUGAGUUGCAAGUAUCGUCGCACCAUAUUUUUGAUCAAGGCUGGGUUUGCUGAUUUCAUCUCCCUACGUCUCACGGUUUUGGGGGCGCGAACAGGCCUAGAUGCACAAAAGGGACAAAUGUAGAAAAAAACAUACGGGGCGGGGGAGGAGGGAGUGUUUACUGCGGUGAGGACCAUCUAUUACCCUGUAUAAACCCUCCUUCCUCCCCUCAGCCCCCAACAGGUGGCCACCCGGUCGACAUUUAGUCUCCCCUGUAAUUAUAUGUGAGAUUAGAUUUCAGUCAUUGGGCUCCAUGACUCACGGGGUGGCCGUUUGUGAGACUUGAUGACCACCAACGCCACUAUGGCUGCUGAAACCGUCAGCGGCUAAUCUGACUAAGAGGUAGACUUUGCAGGUAUGAUUCGUUUGGUAGUUCAGGCUGAGGGUGCUUUGGUUUUAUUCGGUCGUCUGAAUAAUGCUGCGCCUCCACAAAGAGCUGCCGGAGUUGGAACCAGAAUCAAGCACAAAGGAGUGCACAAAAAGACGCAUAAAGGGAGUUUAGGUGCGUGGACAACGAAGAAACAGUUAGCACAGGUAGGUCAUGGUGAAAUAGGACAUCUGAGAUGAAGACCAACUAAACACGUAAAUAAAUCAAUACAACGGAAGCCGAAACAACAAAACAAAAGAACAGUGACAGAGACAACGAGUGCCCCAAAAGUAGUUUUCUUUGGCCUUUUACUACACAGGAAAAGAACUCAUAGCCAGUGGCUCCCACGUGCCCUGCCUCAAACAACAUCUUUGAAGAGACGUCCUCACUGGCGAGACAAACAAACUGCAGAUUUCUAGACCGCCAUUCAUUUAGGCCCACCCAUUGGGGAUUCAGAAUCUAUUGAUUUAGGGUAAUCUGAAGUUUUCAACUGGGCAAGCCAUUUGAUCAAUGGGGACUCCUCUGCGAGACAUGUUUGCAUCCCCCUCUAUCUUGCUCCGAUCAGCGUCUAUUUUUUCCAAUAAUAGGUAGCUAUCUAGCGACAAGAAACAGACCGGUCACGCUUACGCUCUUAACGACGCAAGUUAAACUUGAAAAGAGGCUGCACGGAGUCACUCCGUUUUGGAAUCACAUUGGUGCUAAAGCACUUGAUGACGAAGCUCAUAUUUGACCCCAAUAGCGGAAUUAAUUCAGUCUCUUAUAAAAUAUUCCCCGCCAGGAUCCACUGAGUUUAGGCCGGAUGCAGUUGUUGACUCAUCAUCGACAACAACAGACUAGUCUUCGCAAGUCAAGUGUCUGCAUAGGUAUUGACUGUGCGGUAGGCGUAGAAAGUUAGUUCCAAGGCGGAAGAACAGGAAAAAAGGGUUGGGUCAUCGUGACUACCGGUCCAGGGGUCUGGACGCUGUUAGACUCAGAAUUAGUACCCUGAUAAAGAGAGUGAUGGAAGAGGUGGAACCAGGGUAAAGGUCACCGUAAAAUCAGCAGAGGAUAUUGUCUAAAGUGUUGAUAAUUCUACCGUGCUUUUAGAACUGUCACAUUACGCAGUGGUUUAAAAAGGCUACAGGCGAUAGUUCUCCGACAAAAAGGGACACAGACUUGUUUGCCACUGCCAGUCAGUCAAAGUACAACCCGGGGAGGGGUGACGCGAGAUAUGAACUCGGGUUCAUCAGGUAGGUGAUCAACUAACCCAAAUGCUAGACUGUUUAAAGAAAGGACCCACGUCCUGUCGAAUGUAAUCGGGAAUAUGCAGAGUCGCGUGGAGGCGGUGUUCACUAAUGUAAUUUGACUACAGGACGGGGUACGAAUGUCUGAGUCCAAGUUGGAGCUUCGAAUUGGAGUCAACGCAUACUCACGAGAGGGAUAUUUUAUGUCGCCACGCUCUGCCUUCGUGCUGAGUACUUAUAUUGCCCUACUGACAUGCUUGCUGACCGAAUGUUUUUGAGCUGUCUGACCAUGCAAACUAUAAUCCGCUUUCCAUAUCAAAAAUCAAUUACAGGAUAAGCUCCAAUUCAAAUUUUUCGUCAAAGAGAAAUCAGGUAUGUUAUUGGAUAGUCGCUAUUUUCCAAACUCUGGAGGAUUGUAUCCGCCCUUAACUAUCUGGAGAGUGGGCGGAUGGAAGGUAAUUAAUUUGAGACAAUGCAUAGUAAAGUCGUAUGAAUCAUGUGUAAACCACCCAUUCUCAAUUUUUGCUGCAAGGUGUAGCUAUGCCAUGUGUCUGCUCGGUUUUUAUUCCCGUAGAAGCGAAGGCCAUCGCAGACUUGAUUAAUGUGCGGGCAUAAUGGAUGUCUAGUCCGUGCCGCUUCCACCCUAACUCCAGGUGUCUCAUAACCGCACACACACGCACAUAAGGAAGGUAUCAGAAAGAAGACAAGGGGGCUUGGUGUGCGUAUGUCCUGCUCACAAAGCAGUGCGCUGUCUGGUACAUUGCAAAGAAGGCUGACUCCAGCUGCAGACGGCGUCAUUCCUGGUGCGGUGAGGAGUUAAGCCCGAAACCUUUCUCGUGGCUGAAUAUCUAAUUAAGGUAAUGACCGUAGAGCUCAUUUUAAGUGUACAUUUUGGGCAGAAAGCACACAUUGCUGAAUACCAGCGGUUUUAGCACGAUAUCGGCCGACUGACUGACAAAUGUGUUCUCAGCCAAAAUGACAUUGGCAUCUAGGGCUUUGAAUGUGUCUACAGGCCUAAUGAUCCGCACACUAAACACUGCUAGCAGGAUCCGGAGAUCUCGCCCCUGCCCACCGAUCUGGUUCAUGAACAACUUUGUCAUAGUGCAUCAGCAGGAGCAGGAGCAGCAACAACAACAGCAUCAUCUUAUACGGUAUUGGUAUGGAAAUUUGCCGCAGCAGUAUCAGGUCGACAGAAGGAAUGUAAUUUCUAAAAUUGUCGCCUGCUCCAUGCCAUUUUUGAAGGCUUGACCAGCAUCACAAAAUUGCCAUGGAUAUGUGGCUUAAAAGGUAUCUUCUAAAGCCAUACCCGAAUGGUAAAUUAAGGACAACUGGUCCCAUGUUGGAGGGGGAGGGGAUUAGUAGCGUCACCAUGGCUACGAACUGCGCUCUAUCUGGCCACGAGUACAGCCUCCUCCGAUAGGUAGAAUAAUCUCUUGAAAGUGGCAUGCAGCCUGUAAAGGAUGCUAUACAGUCUUAUUUAAAGCGGAUAUGAAGGUUGUAUUUCUUCUCAGAGCCAAAACUUCAAACAUCCAUCCUGACGGUAAGGAAGAAUGGCAAACCCAAAUGACACGAAGACUGCCUUCUCUCUGUGGGUUCACACUUCUAAUUUCCCUUUUCUUCUCAGGGGAGAUAAAACAGAGUUUGCUAGACCGAGUUAACCCCAUGAAUACUCUUUUGAAUAAUUACUUCUCAGCAGUGAACCACAGUCUCUCCUUGGUGUCGUUUUUUCUGCAGAAAGUAGGAGUAGAGUAACCCCGGUAGUCGUUGAAAACUGCCCAUAUACGUUGUCAAAAUUAUGAAUGUACUGAAAUGUCGUUCCCAUAGUACAAAUAGGUUCAAACUAACAGAGUACUAUCUCGGACAUCCGUCUUUUGCCAUGAACAGAACUUCUCCCGUCAGUAUUUAGCAGCUAAAGCCACCUUGGCAUAUCAUUCAGUCUUCAUACCAGUGGGCAGACUUAACCAGCCCAGUAAAUCCUGUUCGAAUUGGCUGUUAUACGCCGACGUCAAAUAUUUGCUUGGGUAGCACAAUGUUACAACGCACUAUUGACCGAAGACUGCAUGAAAUUUAACUCGCACAGAGUUUACUGAGACCUGGACAACUUUGUUGAUAUGACAAGGAUAAAAAAUAGUCACUGGAAGCUGGUGUUUGCGUUCACGUCGCCAGUCAACCUGCGCUCAGCAUUAGAGGGUCGAAAAUAGUGAGUGAUUAAAUAUAGAUCAAAUAGGUUAUUCUCAGGGAAUUCUAUUCAGCAGAUCUAAGUUUGGUCAAAAAUCCAAUUAUGGUUAUCUUGAGCCAAGUACUGGAAAUGACAUGCCAACACUUCCACUGUACGUGCUGGACUGAAAUAUUGGAAAAACAACCGUCAGAUAGGGUAACAUUACCGCCAACAAUAAGGAAGGCUGACGUGGCCAUUUCUGGCCUAUUGGCCGUCAGCAUCCAGCUCUAACCAACUCCAGGUCUUGCAACCCCUGAGGCGUGAUCCCGCGACCUGUUGGUUAGAAGUUCAGCGGCCUAACUGCUGGGUCACGGGCUCGUUGUCCUGUCGGUUGCGACUGGGUACAUGGAAUGAUAGAGAGGUGCUUACCGAUCGCGUUACGGGACACACUCGACCCACUUUUUGUUUUUGGACUCAAUCUCGAAACCUGCCAGCAUCUGCACAGCGGCUAGCAGCACAUUUAGGCACAGCAGGACGAGUGUGUCCCGUAUCGCGAUCGGCUAACGUCCCUCUACCAACCAUCAGGUGUUGAAUGGCAGUUAGACGCUAUGUUGAGACUUUUGUCCUGGUAAAAGCCUUGGGGCGGUCAACUGAUAAAGCGUCUGCUGUCAUCCAAAGGUGCUGGGUUUCAUAGCAGAGGCACACCACAUUCUGUGAGCUUAAUUUAAACAAAGUAAAAGGAAUAAUUGUCUUAGUUUACGCUGGGGAAAAUAAAACCCUGUUUAGUUUGUGCUCCAGGAUCAAACAUGAAUAGCGCGUUAUCUGUCAGUUGAAGCCCACUUCAAACUGUUAAAGCUAGACCAUAAUUUAUGACAACGACACACCCAAUGCACAUGUGGGGCGUUUACCGCCAAUCAUCACGUGCGAACUUGCAUCUGACGUCGAAAAAAAAAACAAAAACGGAGCCGCUGCGGUUUUCUUAAUCUAGGUGCUUUCGACCAUGGCACAACAUAAAAAACUUGCCUACUACUCUUUACAUCAGCAGUCUGUCAUGUGUUCACCCUGUUAAAUUUCAGAGUGAACCGGUGGGUCGUGACACACUCGCCGAUCAGUCGCAACACUCUCCACUGCGUGAUCAAUUCCGGCGCCUUGUUGGUCUUUUCAAACAGUUCCAAAAUACAGUUCAGGUCAUCCCUGCUCUCAUUACAGUUCACCUACACUGAACCGCCAUUUUCUGCAUUUCUCGAAGAGACAACACUGAGGUCUGAGUACUGUCCUUCUAUCGUCGCUCUUGUUCGUCUUGUCUGCCAGCCAUAGAGUCGGCGUAUGCAAAGGUGCUCGUCAUUCGUAUUCAUGACGUGGCCGCUCCACUUGUAGUAGCCGGAGGCAGGGCAGUUCACACUCCGCUGCAUCUACUCGUUCGUUGUGGUGUUCAGUAUGCAGGCAUCUGCAAACAAGAGGACGUGGACACUGACCUUUGAGACUCACGACGGUACCUUGGUGCGUUGGAUGUUGAGUGACUGUCCGUCAGUUCGGCAGGCGACGUUGAUUCCCUUCCAUUCCCCAUGGUAGACGUGAAUAGACUAGCAUGGCGGAGAGGACAAUAUGAGGAGAUGGGAGGGGGGGGGUGAAUACACAGCCCUGCUCCACACCCCCUGUCCCCACCAGUGCUUCUGAAACCACCCUGUUGUCCAUGACGCUUGCCAUCAUCUCAUCAUGUGUAUGGAUCAUUCAGGCAUCCGAAUUUCGAUAUUAUUUCUCAAAGCUCAUCGCGAAUCACCGCGUCGAGGACAUUGUCGGGUCCACAAAGUUGGUGCAAAGGCUUGUCCACACCUCCUGGUGCUUUUCUUGCAGUUGGUGAGCUUCACAGCUGAUUUCUAUGGUUCAACGGUAUCUUCGGAAUGAACGUCCACAUUUGGAGGGAAGUCCUCGCUUCAUUCGUCUGCUCAGGCGUCCGUGUAAGAUUCGGGUAAAUAUCUUAUCAGCAAGACUGGAAAGAGCGAUCCCACGGUGAUUGUCUCAGACAUGACGACGUCAUCUGUGUUUGUGUAGAUGGACGUUGGUUGUUUAAUUGAAGUCGUGUAGUACAUGUCCAUAUAUUCACAUCUUCUCAAGUAGUUUGGUGGAUUUGUCCGUGAUUUGAGGGCCGCUGUAUUUGUAGAUUUAGGUUGGAAUUUGCUCGACACUUUGUGCUUUGCCACUGCACGUCUGUUGCGCAACGCCGGUUUUCUCCCACAGGAAGAACGGAUGACCACGACACACAUGAGGAAGUCGGUUAAUGACUUCCUGUGGGAUUGUGUGAGGAGGGGUGAUUGAGGGUACCCUUGAAGUGGUCGAUUCAAUGCCGCAGGAUCUGCGAUUUCUCGAACAGUAGGAUUAAUCUUUACUGUCUGAAAGGAUUAACCCUUCAUGGCUGGACUCUGGCGUAGUCACCUUGACCUUGAUGUCAUUGACUUCUUUGAUGUCGCGGAAAAAUUCCCCAAGUCAGCACUCUCGACAAAUCCCUUAUUUCUUCGGUCUCUUGAGUUUGUCCGAAUCUGUUAUCUACCCCAAAAUCUACUGCAGUGGGCUUUAGUGUGGGAAGAAUGCGGCCUUAUAAUGUAGGUAUCGUUCCUGGCAUAAAUCCUGUUUAGAGUGCUUUCUGUAUAGAGCAGUUGUCAGAGUUCAUCGCCGUCUCCGCCGAACCGUUUCCAGUUUUGUGGUGGCCUGGAGGACUUUCCGGCCGUUUCGGCCAUUGGUUCUCAUCGGCAGCACUUUCUCCCAACCACUUGCUCUUGCUCCAGCUUCAAGUAAUUACGAAAAUGCGAUGGGAGGUCAAUCGCGUCCUGGAUUACGCUGAUGCAUUUAGCUGGUGUUUGCUUCGUUUGCCGAUGCCUGUGGAAUUGCAGUUGUAGCCUCCUCUUGGAGAUGACAAGACGGUGGUCCGUCCAGCAGUCUGCAGCACACAUCAGUCUGCUCACUGGCACAUCACGCUGGUUACGCCGUCUGACGAGGAGGUGGUCCAGCAGUUGACAGCUACACGAGUGAGUGUGUUCUCUUCCAGAUUGGAAGGUGGAAGUCGGUAUUGGUGAGGAGAAGCCUGUGUUCCGUGCAAGGCCUUCAGAGACAGGAGGCCAGUGCUGUUGCAGUUACCGGUCCCGUGGCCGUUCCUAGCACAGUCGUACAGACAGCCUGCAGAUCUUCGUGGACUUCUUCCUUCAGCUCACCGGGGCUUUUGGCGGGGUGAGUGUAGACGCUGAGAAUGAUGAUGAUGAUGAUGAAUUUACUUCAAUGGAGUGGCAAUCUUAUGGUCAUGAGGAGGCUACCGACUGACUGUAGAGCAGGAGCUGAACAGUCAUCUCACGAGGAAGUACUUGACGGAGGAGGUGUUUCCGGAGUCUCACCUCUCUGUUUCUGGACCUCUUUUGCAGAAUAAUGUGUAUCCGGUGCUCGUCUGCACUUGUCUUUCUUCACAGAAACGGAUGUCUCUGAGAACUGUGAUGGCCAUUUCACAUUGAGAUACGUCACAGUCUACGGGAUUUUUCUGCCUUUCUGGUGAGUUGACUAUUGUAUUAUCGUAAGGCGAGAAAACAUUCCUGACUGCAAUAGUAAACAGGAUUGUUUUAAGAGUCUGCGCGGUGAUGCCCUCCACCUAUAUAUGAUGAAUUAUUCGUCAAGUAAUACGGACUCGCGUAACUAACAGCAUUUAACGUCAUCCUUGAGAACUGUUCAACGUCUGCUUGGGAUCAAAUGUCUGAUUUUGUGUAGUUUUCUCGACAAGAUGUGGUUAUGUUACCGCACCUGAUGGACGCAGCAUCGUUGACGCACUUAAUUAUUCUGAAUUGGCGUGAUUACGUUUGCAUGGUGUUGUUGUUAGGGCAACUAUUUCUCAAUCACUUAAGAUACAAACGCUCAUUCCGCGAUAGCUUUUGUUUUGCAUACAAUUACUUGACCCCAUCGACCUUGCGUUCCCCGGCCCCACCUGUAAAUGCCCCCAUUACCUCCGGUCCCGCAUUACAGGUGGCUGGGGUUUGUUUACCUCAGAUGCGACUACAUAACCACACCUGACCGUUUUCUCUACUUAAUUUUCCCCUUUGCCCUGUUUCUGUGGCUGUCGGUUAAGAUAAUGGUGGUGGGGUUUUUAGAGGGGAAUUAGGAUAAGAAAAAAGAUCAAGAAGAAGUAGAAGAAGCUUGAGUAGAAUCCGGCAGCGGCGGCGGAAUUGGGGGAUGGUGCGGAGGAGGAGGAGGAGACAGGACAUUAGAAGUAUAUGUACACUUCACAAAAAAUACGCCAUUUCAGUCGAAUCCCAGUUUGGCUUUAAGAAAGUGGUUCAGUAACCUGCCUAGAGGGCUACUAAAACGGAUUCUCGCGUAACGACCAAUAAUUUUCGUUUUUUCCCGAAAGGAAAUCAAUGCACAAACUUGUUUUUUUUCAAGCAAUUCGCUGGCAGAUCCUUGUCCGUAGGCCUUGACUUUUAAUUAUUGGGGAAACGCAAACUGUGAUAUGGCAGUCUUAGCACUACCAACAAAUUUAAACACUAUUUUCCCGGAACAAAUAUGAACAAGGCAAAGGCAACGAAAUAUCCAGAGUUUAGUGACGUCAUAAAAUUUUGUAACCUUCUAUUCACCUGAGUACGGUCAUUGUGAAUUAAUAAGAUAAUGAAAUAAACCGCUCAAUAAGAGAGCAACCUAAAGGGGUGGAUAAGAAAAAAGAUCAAGAAGAAGUGGAAGAAGCAUGAGUAGAAUGCGGCAGCGGCGGCGGAAUUGGGGGAAGGUGCGGAGGAGGAUGAGGAUGAGGAUGAGGAUGAGGAGGAGGAGGAGGAGGAGGAGGAGGAGGAGAAGGAGGAGGAGGCGGAGACAGGACAUUAG